UCUGACUGCUCCUCGAACCCAGCACUUGAGCCAACUAUUCCAACUAAAUAACCAAGAUGAAGUUCACCAUUGCCAUCGCCUUCUCCUGCCUCAUUGCCUGCGUUCUGGCCGCUCCACCAUCCACUCAGCAGGAUGCUCAGGUGCUGCGAUUCGACAGCGACGUCCAGCCCGAGGGCUAUAAAUUCGCCGUGGAGACGAGUGACGGCAAGUCGCACCAGGAGGAGGGCCAGCUGAAGGACGUGGGCACCGAUCACGAGGCCAUUGUGGUGCGCGGAUCCUACGCCUAUGUGGGUGACGAUGGCCAGACCUACACCAUUAACUAUUUGGCCGAUGAGAACGGUUUCCAGCCCGAGGGCGCCCAUCUGCCCAGGGCCGUUCAGUAAUUCCUGAACCCAGGUCCCCACGAGGAAUCCGAUUGAAAGUCAUUCGCCAAUCAAGUUCCAGUCCAGCAUAAAUGUGUUAACUAUGUUUAAGUUCCGUGUGAAAACAUCAUAAUAUUAAAAUAA